GUGCAAUUAACAUCUUAAGAGCAAGUGAGGUUAGCCAUUGUAAAAUUAUUAUUUUUAACUGAUAUUUCUACUUUUCUAGAGUGCGUUCUUACGAUUUAUUAGUUUUUCUACAUUCUUAAUGCCUGUAAAAUAAUAUAUAUUUUCUCUAAUAAGGUUAUUGGCAGAGAUAUAAAGUUAUAACUGUGUGUCUAAAGUCAAUCCAAAAAUUUGCAUUUGAUUGCAAAAAUUUCCAAUGUGGAGAUUUUUAUUUGAAUUUUGAGUUUACCUCGAACCUUCUACGAUUAUUCCAGGGUUAUUCAUGAUUGGCAAGUUACUUCUGAUAGGAUUAAGUCAAAAAGUGCUCUUGCAUAAACAAUUAUUAAAUUCUGCUCGCUAUUCUCACACAAUGGGGUUACCUUUGCAAAAAGUGAUAGAUUCGUUGAACAGCUUCGCGCAUCUGAAGCUCGCGGCUUCGUGGGAUAAUGUAGGAUUGUUGAUCGAGCCUACAGAACCUAAAAAAAUUUCUCAGGUUCUAUUAACGAAUGAUUUAACCGAAGACGUGAUGCAGGAAGCUGUGGAUCUGAAAGCCGAUAUGAUCAUAUCGUAUCAUCCACCCAUAUUCAGCCCACUAAAGUCAAUCACGACUAGGACAUGGAAGGAACGUAUUGCAGCCAGGUGCCUUGAAAAUAAAAUUGCUCUCUAUUCCCCUCAUACGAGUUUCGAUUCUGUGGUUGGAGGUGUUAAUGAUUGGCUCGCAACUGCUUUUGAUCUAGAGUCAAGUAGUCCCAUAGAACCAGGAACACCUGAUCCUAGAACUGGGUUUGGAAGAUUCUGCACAUUAAAACAGUCAAUCUCAGUCGAGGAUGCGGUGCAAAUAGUUAAAAACCGGACUGAACUUCCACAUGUGAGAUUAGCUCGAGCACGUGGACCAACUGGAAGAGUCAAAACUGUAGCACUUUGUGCAGGAUCAGGAACUUCAGUUUUUAAAACCUCUCCACCAGCAGAUUUGUACCUAACUGGAGAAAUGUUCCACCACGAUGUUCUCGAUUUAGUUCACAAGGGUGGAAACGUUAUUUUAACCAAUCAUUCAGAUUCAGAACGCGGCUACCUCAAAGUGUUCGCUAAAAAGUUGAGUGACUUACUUGGUAAUUCAGUACAAGUGAUCGUGUCGCAAAAAGAUAAAGAUCCUCUCACAACAGUGUAAUUAAUUCAUAAGCAAUUAGGCAUCCCAGAUAUGAAAUGAAACAAUCGUGAAUGUCUAGAGCAGUCUGAGAUCAUCGCACGUGUCCAAGAAAGUAUAUGGCUCUAAUUACGCUACUGUAAGUUAGUAACUUUCUCAGAGAAAGUCCAAUUAAUUUCACUGCCCGAGAGAGGACAGCUAAAUUAAUAGCAUCGCACUCUAAGACCAUUUAUAGUCUCUAAAUUAAUUAUCAUCGGCAUCGUUAUUUAUACUCUUUAUCUUUGAACAUAAAGAGGAAAGUAACUUAAAUUAGAAUUUAUAAGAGGAGCCAAGUCUGAAAUUUUAACCCUCAGAUAAUCUAAUUUGCUCUGUGCUGGUAGAUUUUCAUAUACUGGAAAGUCUUUGAACCAUUAAAACUUCUUAUAUAAUAUCUCUGGAGAAGAAAAGCAUAAAAAUUAUAUUUUAAAAACGAAA